UUGUACAUGUUUGGGAUGAACAAAAAUAGCAUAAGUGAAUUUAUAUAAUUGAAAGAUUUGGUCCAAAAAAAUGACCUUUUUUCCAAAGGAAGGAUUGACCCAUUCCUAACAAACUCUGCAAUGUUGUGUUCUUGCUAAUCUGCAGGGCCAAUGAGGAUUAAGCUCUUCAGUCUUUCAUAUAGUCUUCUGCCACCCAUUCAAGUUGGUUGACAGCCAGGACCCUUCUCAGACAAACCUUGAAUGGGACUGGGAGUAGGUCUCAAUGUCUCAUGCUGAAAAUGACCUAGACCAGAUCAGUUGUCUCAUGAGGCCAUGGACCUGCAGAAUUUUCUUAGAAAUUCAUAUGUUUUUCAUUGACUCAGGCUCUGAACACUCACAGGUAAUCUUUCAUAUCCAUCCACAUGUUUCUUUCCUCCCAUCCAUUUCCAGCUACUCAAUUCAUCUCGAUCUGUUCAUCUUUUAGCUCUAUAUUUUCACGCACAUUAGGCAUAUAUGAUUUAUCUAACUUGAGCAGCCUAUACAUUGAGGCUUCUAUUGUUGUUUCUUUUUCUUGUUAAAGCUAAACAAGAGUGAGAGUGAGAGCUGAACUGGAAUAAGUGUUAGAAGCCUUGUCAUUUUCUAUGCUGUAGCAAGUCAAUUUAUUGUCAAGUAGCAACUCAAAUUCAAAUUUAAUACCAGCCAAUUCCAACUACUCUUGCAAAAUAUUAAAUCUUGAGGGUUGACUUGGGAGACUUGUAAAAGGUGUUGGCUAGUAUAAAUGGAGGACCUCCCUCUUUCAGGUUAUGCACAAUCAUACAAAUACAAUCUUGAACAUACAGAACAUAUGGCAGAGUGUACUGUCGUUUUUGUGCUCGACAAAAUAACGGUCUUGUUAGAGGCAAAAGUGGUACUGCUGCACGGGCUCAAAGACGAAAUUGAAUACAUCAAGGAUGAACUAGAAAGGGUGAUAGCUUUCCUUGGAGUUGCUGAUACGGUGGAAGAUGGUGAUGCAGAGAUCAAGGUCUGGGUUAAGCAAGUCCGAGAGGUUGCAUAUGACAUUGAAGAUACCAUUGAUGAGUUCUUGCUCCUUGUACCUGCUGAGCAACAAUCUAGUAGAUUCUGUGGCUUCCUGUGGAGAUUCUUUUUCUCCAUUAGGAACUUGAAAUCACAGCAAAGGGUUGCUUCUGAAAUCCAAAGCAUCAAAUCCAGGGUGGGCAACAUUGCAAAGGGACAUCAGAGGUACCGUUACAGGUAUCAUGUCGCCGACCAAGUCUCAAGCACUAGUUACGCUUAUGAGAUAGCAAAUGACCAUCGAAGUGAUGCACUUCUAUUGGAAGAAGAUGAGAUUGUAGGAAUUGAAAAACCCAGAAAAGAGCUAAUUAGCUUGCUUCUGAAGGUCGACCCUACACUCAAAGUGAUUUCUGUAGUCGGAAUGGGUGGUUCUGGGAAAACCACUCUGGUGAAAAUGGUAUAUGAUGAUGUGAAGAAACAUUUCCAGAGCCAUGCCUGGAUAACAGUUUCUCAGACAUUCAAGGUUGAAGAGAUCUUGAAAGACAUGAUUCGACAGCUGUUUUCAGAAGUGAAGCAACCCGUCCCUGAAGGAAUGACCUCAAUGAAUGCAAACAAACUGAAAGUGAUUGUGAAAGAGUUCCUGUUAAGGAGGAAGUAUGUUCUUGUUUUUGAUGAUGUCUGGACUGCUCGAGUUUGGGAAGCUAUUAAGCAUGUGUUGCCUAAAGAAAAGCAUGGCUGUCGUGUCAUGAUCUCAACACGUCUUAUGGAUGUAGCUUCUUCUUCUAGCAUUGAUACAAACGGCUAUAUUUAUGAGAUGACACCCUUGUCUGAAGAAGUGUCUUGGGCCCUCUUGUGCCGGAAGACAUUUCAUGCUAGCUCAUGCCCAUCACAUUUAAGAGAGAUUUUAAAGCAAAUCUUGAAAAGAUGUGGGGGAUUGCCUCUUGCAAUUGUGGCCAUUGGUGGUGUUUUGGCAACAAAGAACAAGACCGGCAUCAAUGAAUGGGGAGUCCUUUAUCACAGCCUUGGCCCUGAUUUUGAAGGCAAUGAUCAGUUUGAAAGCAUGAGAAUUAUUCUGCUUCUGAGUUUCAAUGAUCUGCCUCAAUAUCUUAAAUUGUGUUUUUUGUAUUUGAGCAUCUAUCCAGAAGAUCAUUUGAUUGAGCACAAUACUCUGAUUUAUCAGUGGACAAUGGAAGGCUUUGUAAAGCAAAAAGAGGGAAGGACAGCAGAAGAAGUUGCAGAAGGCUAUCUCUUUGAACUCAUAAAUAGAAGCUUAAUCCUUCCUGUGAAGCUCAAUGAUGAUGGAAGCAUGAAGCAGGGUCGAAUCCAUGAUCUUUACCGGGAGAUCAUCCUUUCAAAAUCAACAGAUCACAAUUUUGUCACCACAACAGAUGAAGAGACUGCAGCGUGGCCUGAGAAAGCCCGGCACUUGUCAGUCCAUGGCACAUUGGGCAAUGCACAAAUGAAAAGGCAAGGGACUAAACUUCGAUCUUUGCUUACAUUUGAUGUGACAGAUUCUCAGUUCUCGUCAUACAUCGUUCAAAUACUCAGUAGCUGUAGGUUUAUCAAAGUUUUGGACUUGAGAAACACUUCUUUAGAAAUAGUUCCUGAAGAAAUUUUUCAAUUGCUUCACUUAAGAUAUUUAAGUUUGAGAAGUACAAAGGUGAAAGUGCUUCCAAGGUCAAUUAAGAAGCUCAGAAUGCUAGAGAUAUUGGAUCUCAAGUAUACAUUUGUUACUGAGCUGCCAGUUGAGAUCUUAAAACUUCAACAUUUGCGGCACCUUAUAGUCUAUACUCAUGCCUCAUUUGCAUAUCUACCAUAUAAUUGCUCACCAGGGUUUAAGGCACCAAAAGGGUUAGGAAAGUUGAGAUCUUUAGAGAAACUUGUGUAUGUUGAGGCUAACCCUGGUAGUGGCACAAUAGAAGAAAUAGGGAAACUAAAUGAGCUGAAGAGACUCUGCGUUCUGAAGUUGAGAACUGAAGAUGGUAAAGCUGUGUGCUCAUCCAUUGAGAAGCUCCUGAAACUUCGAUCGCUGAAUCUGAAAUCAAUAGAAGAAGAUGUGAUCCUAGAUGUCAAUUACCUUUCUUCACCUCCUCCUCUUCUUCAACGCCUUUACUUGACAGGAUACAUGGGGAAGAUGCCACAUUGGAUAAAGUCUCUUCAUAACCUGGUCAAAAUAUACUUACGAUGGAGUAAACUCAAGGAUGACCCACUUGAACAUCUUCAAGAUUUGCCUAAUCUUGUCCAUCUUGAAUUUCUUGUGGGUUAUACUGGAGAAUAUAUGCACUUCAAUGCUGGGAAGUUUCAAAGCCUAAGACUGUUGAAUCUGGAUAAGUUAGAAGAGCUGAGAAAUGUGGUGAUUGGGGAGGGUGCAAUGCCGCAUCUUGAGAAGCUGGUUAUUCAGAGAUGUAAUCUGCUGGCAAGCGUGCCUGCAGGAAUCGAGUGUCUCUUCAAUCUGAGAUACCUUGAAUUUUUCGAUAUGACUGAUGAUUUCAUCUCGACUUUCCUUCCAGGUAAACGAGGUGAAGAUUAUUGUAAAGUUUCACACAUUUCUGAGGUUUAUUAUACAUACUGGAAAGAUGGUUGCUGGGAGGUGAACUCAGUCCAGGAGACCUCUGGUGGUCCUGGAACUGCUGUUAAGAUCUCUGGACAUCGCAAUUUCCUAUAGUUCUCUACUCCUGGUAAUAGCAUGAAGUUUUUAACCUUAUCAUCUCUAAACUCCCUAGUUAAGAUACAUUUCAGGUCCACUUUCAUAUCUUCAAUCUGUGUUUCCACUUUCAUGUCUGGACAAUCUGCAGGAGCUAAAUUGGUAUAACCAUUUAUUGUUCAAGUAUGAAUUGAUGGGUUAUUAAUUAUUAUACACACUGGAGCCAAUGCAUGCUAGCCAGCCCAGACUCCCAGAGUGGCAUUUGCAAUAAAAAGGAUGGAGGAAUUGGCUCUGGUGUUCUCUGCUGCAUCCUACAUGCAUAUAUGAUGUUUCUCAUUUGUCUUCCCAAUCUUUAACUUUGUCUGUUGCAUGUCUCAUAUGUUGUCUACUUUCUGGAGUUGUAAUAAUGUACUUUUGAUUGAUGUUUGGCUUAUGUAACAUGGUUGUUGUUUGAACCUUUUUGAAUAAAACCAAACACGAAAUCUAACC